AACAUCACAACCAAACACAUUUUCGGUUUAUAAAUAAGAUCAUAGCCAUGUGUUUGUUCAAUUACUUUUAUCUUGUUUAGUUUGGUAUAUUUAAUUAUUUUGGAAUGAAUAUAUCGUUGUUAUCUCAAUUUUCCCUUGCAACUGUAUCAUUCAAACCCUAUUCUCGCCAAGAGCUCAAAAAGUCAAGCGUACUUGAGGUGACAAACCCGGUAUCGUUUGAUGCUCUUGGGCAUCCGACAAAAGGUGGUCUGCAUGAUCCUGUUUUAGGUCCUAGUCGAAGGGAUGAUAUAUGUGAAACCUGUAAUCUUGGAGGACAUGGCAAGGAUGAGUGUCCAGGACAUUUUGGACAUAUCAGUCUUCCUGUACCGAUUUAUAACCCAUUUUUUAUUCGUCAAAUGUUUCAAAUGUUAUCCAUGUGUUGUUUUAGCUGCCAUCAUUUAUUGUUUCACCCUGCUAACCUGCAAGUUGUUCUAUACCAACUUCAAGCUCUUGAUUAUGGCCUUGAUUACCUUGUUGAUGAACUUCAAUCUGUAGCCAAUGAUUUAUCCAAUAUAAAAUCUGACAAAGGUCCUGAGUUUAUAGAUUUUCUCAAAGCAAAAUUAUCUGAAUGUAUUGAGAAUGCAUUGAAACAAAACUCUACAAACUCAAAAAACGAUGUCAGUCAAGUCAGGAAUGUCAUUGAUCGCAAGCAAAAUUUAAUGAAAGCUCUUCUUCAAGGCAAAUUGGUCAAAAUUAUAAAAAAUUGUGCACAUUGUAAUAACAAAAAAUUCAACAUGAGUCUUGUUAACAACUCUAUGGUGCUAAUGUCUCAACCAAAAUCUCUACCAAAGCAUUAUGGAUUUACAGCAUCUAACGAAACUCCCGAAACGUCUGGAAGUGUUCUUAAAGAUAAAGUUCAAGAAGUUGACUCUUCUGGAAAAUCGUUCUUAACCCCAUUGGUUGCCAGAGAUCAUUUGAGACAACUCUAUAAAAAUGAAACUGAAACAUUAAAAAGAAUGUUGAAACUCAUCCAUACAGAAGAAGGACUCGAAGAUGCUCUUGAAGGAGAUGAUAGUGCCAUAGACGUCUUUUUUAUGGACAUGAUACCAGUGACUCCACCACGAUUUCGUCCUCUACACAUGAUGGGAGGUAAAUCUUAUGAAGAUGAGACAACUACAAUGUUAACUCAAGUGAUUUUAGCAUCAGAAGGCUUAAAGAAUAGUUUGAAAAGUUUACAAAAUCUAGACCAAACAUCUGUCAAGGAGAAAACCCAAGAGAUGACCAAACUUCACUCUGCUUGGGGCCGUCUUCAAAUUUUAUGCAACAGAAUUUAUGAUAGUGAGAUGGACAAGCUACCAGAAAAGAAGGCUCCCGGUGUUCGUCAAAUAUUAGAGAAAAAAGAAGGUUUAUUCCGAAAGAAUAUGAUGGGGAAAAGAGUAAACUAUGCAGCUCGUUCAGUUAUCUCUCCUGAUCCAUAUAUAUCUGUUGAUGAAAUCGGUAUUCCUGAAAUUUUUGCUACUAGGUUAUCUUAUCCCCAACCAGUAACUCCUUGGAACGUUGAAGUGAUGAAAAAGGCCGUUAUAAAUGGUCCCGACAUUCAUCCUGGUGCUUUGUCAGUCACUCUUGAGGAUGGUUCAGUUAUGAGGUUAAGAGCUAAUGAUCCAGAGCAAAGAGCCAGAAUCGCUAAUUUACUUGGACAACAUAAACCUGGAUCUAGAACUGUUAAUCGUCAUCUGAUCAAUGGAGAUAUUUUACUUCUAAAUCGUCAACCAACUCUUCACAAGCCAAGUAUAAUGGCUCAUAAAGCUCGAGUCUUAAAACGUGAAAAGACACUUCGAUUACAUUAUUCCAACUGUAAAUGUUAUAACGCCGAUUUCGAUGGGGAUGAAAUGAAUGCCCAUUUUCCGCAAAGUGAACUUGCUCGCUCAGAAGCUUACAACAUUGUCAGUGUCAACAAACAGUAUCUUGUUCCAAAGGAUGGUUCGCCUUUAGGUGGUCUCAUUCAAGAUCACAUUGUUUCAGCAACUCUUCUUACUAUGAAAGGUAACUUUUUCAAUCGGAAAGACUAUCAGCAACUAGUAUUCAGUGCCUUGUUCAAUCAAAAAACUCCAAUCAAAUUAGUGAAACCCACUAUUUGGAGACCUGUGCCUCUAUGGUCUGGUAAACAAAUCAUUACCACAUUGAUUAUCAACUUAGUUCCUCCGGAUAAGACUCCACCGACUCUUUACAUAUCUUCUAAAGUCAAUAGCAAAACCCUUAGUUCGGGAAAUUUUAGAGAUAUUACUGUAUCUAAAUAUUAUACACCUGAAGAAUUGGAUGACUCUACCGUCAUCAUUAGACAAGGAGAAGUUUUGCAAGGAUUGAUUGACAAAGCCAACAUUGGACCGACACCUUAUGGUUUGAUUCACAUUUGCUAUGAACUUUAUGGUGGUGAAGUUUCAAACAGUUUACUAACUGCAAUCGCUCGUUUAUGUACUGUCUAUCUUCAAGUCCAUGGAGGAGUAACGUUAGGUAUAGAAGAUAUUAUUGUGAAUGAGAAUGCUGACAGGAAACGCAGUGAGAUAAUCAGAGCUUCAACUACUGUUGGUGAUGAAGCAGCUACUCAAGCAGUUGGCUUACCAAUCACUUGUGAAAAGUCUGUUCUCGUAAAGAGAUUACGGGAAUGGCAUGCAUCUCAAGAUCCAGUUUUAAUGAAAACUCUUGAUAGUUGUAUGAAAUCUAAAACAGAUGAAGUAAACGAUGGAAUAACUAAAGUAUGUUUACCAGCUGGGCUGAUUAAAAAGUUUCCGCAUAACAAUCUGCAACUAAUGAUUCAAUCAGGAGCUAAGGGAGGAACUGUCAAUGCAUUACAAAUCUCUUGUUUACUUGGUCAAAUUGAAUUGGAAGGAAAACGUGUUCCACUUAUGAUGAGCGGUCGAACAUUACCAAGCUUCGUACCCUAUGACACAUCUCCAAAAGCUGGAGGAUUCGUUACAGGACGUUUCUUAACAGGAAUUCGACCACAAGAGUUUUUCUUCCAUUGUAUGGCUGGUCGUGAAGGUUUGAUAGAUACAGCUGUCAAAACAUCUAGAUCAGGUUAUCUUCAAAGAUGUUUAAUCAAGCAUCUAGAGGGACUGACUGUUCAAUAUGAUUCAACUGUAAGAGAUAUUGAUGGAAGUCUUGUUCAAUUACAGUAUGGUGAAGACGGUAUCGACGUCUUGAAAAGCCAACUUUUAAAACCUAAAGCUAUGCCUCUACUCAUUCAUAAUAGAGCUGUGCUUAUGCCUACUGAUGAAGAACUGUCUCGACUCCAACUUUCACCUGAUAUUUUAGCAAAGAUUGAAGAAUAUAGACAAAAUAUUUCAGACUGGGAAGAAAUUAAUGAAAUGGAUCGCUUGAAGCGUCGUAUAGGAUCUGGAUUUCAGGAAUAUUUCGAGGUAAAGCUUCGUGAUUACAAAAAUAAUUUGCCGGAAUCCGUUGGACCUACAGAACUUUCUCAAGAAGAUUACUCAACUAUCAUUGAUUCUUGGUUCCAAUUAAGUAAAAAUGACAAAAGACAGUUGAAUUUCUACUUUUUACCUUGCCCUGGUCCGUUAUCUAUUGAUUUUCGACCAAAUCAUCAUUUCGGAGUGCUUCCGGAAAAAAUGGAAUAUCAAAUCCAAAAUUAUGUUAAAUCAUCUCCUGAUGGACUAGUUUUUGAUCCUAGCGUUGAUGUUGGUGACGAGUCUUGGAAAGGAAAGCAAAUCGUUACAAUUACUGAACUUAAAAAUUUGAUUAACUCUCGCUUCAUGAAAUCUUUAGCCGAUCCAGGAGAAUCAGUUGGACUUUUAGCUGCUCAGUCAAUUGGAGAACCUUCAACUCAAAUGACUUUAAAUACUUUCCAUUUCGCUGGUCGAGGAGACAUGAACGUUACUUUGGGUAUACCUCGACUUCGAGAAAUUUUAAUGACUGCUUCACCUAAAAUAGCAACUCCCAAUAUGGAUAUUCCAUUCAGAAGUGAUUUCGAUGAAAAUAGGAUUGAUGCAGUUCGGAAAAGAAUGAGUUCAGUUAAGUUGUGUGAUGUCCUCGAGACUAUCGAUGUCAAAGAAAUAUUGACUAUCAACGAAAAAACUUGUGCUCGGUAUUAUGAUAUAGUGUUUAAGUUUCUACCAUAUCAAACUUACAAAAAGAAAUUUAAUGCUAAACCUGCUAAAAUUUUGUCUUACAUGGAGUCUACUUUCAUUAAAAAUUUAAUCAACGCAAUAAAACGAGCUCAAAUCAUUCAAAGGAAAUACAAUUCUCUAUACGACCAUUCAAUGCACCACAGGGAAGCUAAAGGAGGUGAUGAAAAUGAAGGAGCACCUUCCGCUCCAACUAGAGAAAAUCCUGAUGCUGUUAGCUCUGAUGAGGAAGAUAACGCAGUUGAAGAAGAUACACACGCCGUUAGAACUAAAGCUCAUAGGAAUCAAGAGCUCGAUUAUGAAGAACCAGAAGAAGAGGAAAUCGAAGCUAAUAAGGAACCAGAGGAAGAUCAAACUGAUAAUAUUACAACUCUUGAGCCAGAUGAAGAAGUACAUCCGAAAGUAGAUGAAGAUGAAGAAUUACAGCAACAAAAUGAGCAGGAAUCAGCGGAAUCGCAAAAGGAAAAACAACCAGAAACAAACGAAAGGCAAGAUGAUGAUUGGAAUCCAUUGCUUACGAAAACGUUAGAAAAAGAAAAGAAAGAAAAGGAAAUGUUAGCUAAAAAGGCUCUAACAGAAUCUUUGGUGAAAGAAAAAAGUUCCUUUAUUGAUCUCUAUGAUUAUGAUGAAGUAAAAAAAGAAUGGUGUAGGGUUGUACUCAAGUUUCCUUUAAACACAGAUAAGGUUGACAUUGCGUCAAUUGUUGAAGAGGAAGCACGUAAAUCUUACAUUUUUAAAAUUGGUUCAAUCGAUAAGGUAUUCCUUGUUGAAGAUCGUGAAGCUUCUAAACGUGGUGUUAGCCAUGGUAAAAUGAUUAAAACCGAAGGAGUUGGAUUUUUUGAUCUCGUUAAUAUGCAAUCAAUAUUUGAUCUUAAUCGAGUUUACAGCAAUGACAUUCAUGCAAUUGCUAAUACUUAUGGUAUUGAAGCUGCUCGUAAAGCAAUUACUAUUGAAAUUGCUAAUGUUUUCGCUGUUUAUGGAAUUGAAGUGGAUCCGAGACAUCUUUCCCUAAUUGCUGAUUACAUGACGUUCAAUGGGACAAUCAAAGGAAUGAACCGAAUUUCAAUGGCGGGUAGUAGCUCACCUUUACAACAAAUGACUUUUGAGACGACAGCAGCAUUUUUGAAAAGUGCUCUGCUUUUAGAUUUUAAAGACGAACUCAAAUCACCUUCGGCCAGAAUAUUUGCUGGUCGACCUCCUCUAGUUGGAACUGGUAUUUUAGGAUUGAUGCAAGAUGGAACAGUUGAAUAUAAACCAUCACAGCAUCUCAGGUUUAAAAAUAUAAAAAAUGACUCAAAGAUAUCACCUAAAAGCGGGCGUAAAUUUGGACCAAGAAAUCGUACCUCAAAUAGAUUUGGGAAUCUUAAACGCAAACACCAAAGUCCUAACAUUUCAAUAGAAAAACCUCUGAACAAAAGAACGAAAUUUGAUUGAUAUUGUGUACAGUUAAUUUAACUUUAUUACUUCUAAAGAGAAUCCAAAUCUAAGAAACUUGUAAUGAAAAAAAAAAUCAACAGAAUCUAAAAGAGACUUCUGGGAAUAUAUGUUUUUGUUAUGCAAUUUUCAUUGAAUAAAUUGUUUUUUCCUUUCACAAAAGACAAGAAAAA